AUGGAGCGCUCCGGUCAAGUCGAGCCAACUCAGCCGUUGAACACCACUAACGACAGUUUCAUUACAGAUUCACCCACUGUGGAUGUCAGCGCAGUGAGUCUCGCCUAUCAAAUCAGUCUGGCGGCGAUUCUCUCCCUGAUCACACUCGCCACCACUCUAUCCAACGCGUUCGUCAUCGCAACAAUCUCCCAGUCGAAGAAACUGCAAACUCCUGCGAACUUUCUGAUCGCCUCACUGGCCGUCACCGACCUGCUGGUGUCCAUUCUGGUGAUGCCCAUUUGCGUCCUGUACACGGUCAUCCACAUCUGGACGCUGGGGCAAAUCGUUUGCGACAUCUGGCUCUCCUCGGACAUCACGUGUUGCACGGCGUCUAUCCUCCACCUGUGCGUAAUCGCUUUGGAUAGGUACUGGGCCAUCACUGACGCGGUGGAGUACUCCAAAAAGCGCACGCCAGGGCGCGCGGCCGGGAUGGUGGCCACAGCCUGGGUGAUCGCCAUCUCCAUCUCUCUGCCGCCUCUCUUCUGGAGGCAGGUGAAGGCGGAGGAGCUGACCAGCUGCAGCGUCAACACGGAUCAUAUUUUCUACACCAUCUACUCCACCUUUGGGGCUUUCUACAUCCCCACCUUGCUGCUUAUUGUCCUCUAUGGACGGAUAUACGUAGAGGCUCGGAAACGGAUCCUGAAGCAGUCUCCCAAGAAGGUGGGGAAGAGACUCACCUCGGCGCACCUGGUCACCAACUCCCCUGGAUCAGUGGCGUCCACAACCUCUCUGCAGUGCGGGAGACACGACACCCAGUCUAGCGACACCGGGUCUUCAACAAGCGAGAACCAGGUGAAAGUAACCGUGUCCGACGCACUUUUGGAGAAAAAGCGUAUUUCUGCAGCCAGAGAGAGAAAAGCGACAAAGACUUUGGGGAUAAUCCUCGGCGCUUAUAUUGUCUGCUGGCUGCCGUAUUUCAUUUACACACUGGUGGUGGCCACGUGUGACACAUGUUUUAGCCCCGAGUUGUUUGACUUUUUCAACUGGUUGGGAUAUCUGAACUCCCUAAUCAACCCGAUCAUAUACACCAUGUCCAACGAGGACUUCAAGAAAGCUUUCCAUAAACUUGUGCGCUUCCGAUGCUGCAGGUCGUGA